AAGGCAACCGCACGGACGUCAAAUAUAAGUCAAUUCCAGUAGAAUCCUCCUCUAAAAUCCGGCUUCUUUGUGCCAACUCUUGGAACUUUUCCAUUUCCGUCUUCAACCCUCGAGUCCACAAUCGGCAAAAGGCUUUCUCAAGGAGGAAAAUUUGAGAGAAACUAUAAAAGUUUUGGAAAUUUAAUUUUUUCAUGCGCUAAAACCAAUAUCCACCAAUUGCAGCUUGCCACGUGCUAGGUUGUGGCGAGACCAUGGCCGUAGCGGACCACCACAACAAAUCACACUCCGACAUGAAGCUAUUCCGGCUCUGCACGUUUUGGCAAUCCGGGAAUACGUCGUCGUCUUCGUCGUCCACGCAAAACCUCACUCAUAGUAGCCUCGGGAGCCAGAGCAACCGACACCUGGAGGCCCCUAAUUCGAAGCCGUCACCCAAAACGGUGUCGUCCGUGGCGCGAUCGCUGCUACCGCCUCGGCGUAGGCUAAGACUCGACCCUGCCAGCAACCUCUACUUCCCAAAUGAGCCAGGUAAACAAGUGAAGAGCGCGAUCAGGUUGAAGAACACUAGCAGGUCUCAUGUAGCUUUUAAGUUUCAAACAACAGCACCAAAGAGCUGUUAUAUGAGGCCUCCUGGCGGUAUCCUUGCUCCUGGAGAAAGUAUUAUUGCAACUGUUUUCAAGUUUGUGGAGCAUACUGAGAACAAUGAAAAACAAUUGGACCAGAAGAGCAAGAUUAAGUUCAAGAUCAUGAGUCUGAAGGUGAAAGGAGGAAUGGAAUAUGUACCUGAGCUGUUUGAUGAACAAAAGGAUCAAGUAACUGUUGAGCGAAUCUUGCGGGUUGUAUUUUUAGACAUGGAGCGCCCUAGUUCUGCUUUGGAAAAACUGAAGCGUCAAUUAGCCGAAGCCGAGGCUGCGCUUGAAGCACGCAAGAAACCUCCUGUAGACACCGGUCCUCGGGUUGUUGGGGAAGGGCUUGUAAUAGAUGAAUGGAAAGAGCGAAGGGAGAAAUACUUGGCUAGACAACAGGUUGAAGCAAUAGACUCAGCAUAGUGUGUGAUUUGCUCCUGCUGCAUCUGCUUUUGCUGCAUCAUUGCACCCAUCACUAACUUGGUAUCUGUUGUGCGAAGAUCAACGGAUGGGAUGGCAAGUACAGGGCUUCACGUGGAGAAAAACAACUCAUUUUGUCACGACUAUACUUGAGAUGAGCCGUGUGAGGGUAAAUAUACCUGAUUUUGGACUGAGCCUUUCUACUUGUAGAUGGUGGUUUUUUCUUUGUAUGAAAAUAAAUGCUUGUAAAUCUUUGUGACUAGGGUGCCCUGUCUAUGUCAGGCUAGUCUUUGUUUCUUUUGAUUGAUAUUGUAUUAAUAAACUCAUGGGUUUCCUUGGAAUGUAAUGUAGUGUCUUAUCUUA